GAAGAAGAAGACGAAGGACGGAAGUCACUUUUGGUGGCAAAGCCGUUCUCUAUUUUAUGUAUUUUUGCCUUUUUCUGGACUUAAAAAUAAUCUUUAUAUUUCCAUUUUUGUUUUUGUAGUGACGACGUCUUUUUCAGCUUUAGAGGUUUGCGUCUAACGUUGGUGAGAGGAGGAAAUAAACCAGCAGCGCGUUCUUUUGUUGGUGUGGGAAAAUGAAUUAUUCUGAUUAUGAUUCUGACGGAUAUUCUUCAAAUGAAGACGCAGAUUACAUCCCCUCAGAUGAUCAUCUCAGCGAGGAUGACAUUAAUGAAUGUGAGAAGGAAGACCCCCUAAACGAGGACGAUGUUGUGCCGCAUCCUGGUGAUGGGAGAAAGAAGAUGAAGAAGAAAAAGGACAUUGGUGUGAGGAAGAGGAAAAAAGGAGUGUUGAAAAUCGAGAAGGAUGAGGAUGGAGCGGAGGAGCUGCAGCAACUGAAGGAGGGGAAACAGGCUGAGGAGGACGAGGACAAUGAAGAGAAACAGAAGAAGAAGUCAGAUGAGCUUUGGGCCAGUUUCUUGUCUGAUGUCGGAUCCCGACCAAAACCCAGUACGCCUGCAUCACAGUCGAGCCACGUGCAGAAGGCUGAUUCUUCAGCAUCAAAGGAUUCUCGUUUAUGUGCAGAAACUAAAGCGCCAGAACCUUCUAAAGUCACCAUUACCAAAGUGUUUGACUUUGCCGGAGAAGAGGUCAGAGUAAAUAAAGAGAUAUCAGCCAACUCCAGAGAAGCCAAGAGAUUCCUGAAGAGCCAGAACACAAAAGAAGAAGAGAACAGCUCGGCGUCCAGAGGACCACCUCCUCCUGCUGCCAGUACCAAGCGGUCCGGCGGCAUGUCGAGCAUCCUGAGUCAAAUCGGGGGGAAGAAGCAGAAGAUGAGCACGCUGGAGAAGUCCAAAAUGGACUGGGACACGUACAAAUCAGAGGAGGGCAUCACAGAAGAGCUCGCCAUCCACAACCGAGGGAGAGACGGGUACGUGGAGCGGAAGAACUUCCUGGAGCGUGUUGACCAUCGACAGUUCGAGCUGGAAAAAGCGGUGCGACUCAGCAACAUGAAACGAUGACACGUCGAUAUUUUAGAGCGGCCAAGCUGCUGCUCGUCCACCAGGACAGAAAUAGUUUGAUGUCUUUCUGACAUUUAAAUUUUCAGAUUUUCAUCACUUUUGUUCUACACAAAGCUGAAACCUAAGCAGUAGUUUUAUUAUGGAGUCGACCAUCUGGAGAUGAAGAACGUCCAUCACUGUUCUCUGAACACCAAACUUCAAAUUACUGUUAUUUUUGUGUUAAACUGUUGAUCUGCGUAUUUUCAUUUCUGUCACAUUUAGCUGCUUUAUGUUAGUUGUUUAUUUGUGGUGUUCAUGAAAAUGUUUUCUAACACUUUUGGGUAAAUGACAAGAUGAAUCUGUUCUGAAAACAGUUAACCAGUUUGUAAUCGGCUGGUAACCCAUCGUCUGUCCGCCGGAAAUACAUGUUAAAAGUAAAAUGUGACAGAUUUAAAGUGACGUAAAACUUCUUCAAGCUUUUGUUUCAACAACUUUAUCAAAUGAGUUAUCAGACAUAAAAAUAAAAAAGUUCUGCUUGUUUUUCUGUCAAAUGACUAAACGAGUUGGAUCAAGUUUGUCUUCAUGUUGCUGCUUCCUUCUGACCUUUGACCCACAUGCUGACUUUUUUGUUUUUUGAACAACAUUUUUUGAUACUGUGUUUGUACAUUUUACUGUUUUCAAUGAUACAGUGGCUGUUCGUAUGUAGCCAUAUUAAUAAUAAUGUCAAAUUCUGUCUGUACGUGGCACAGUCAUGUUUGGGGUCGUGGUUCAGGUUAACAGUUGUACUUUGGGUUAAUGCUCUCUUUUACGGGCAGUAAGCUUCUUACUGGUAUGUACAAUGACUUCACAUUAUGACCGACCCGUCGUAGGGUCUGAGACACUAUGGUAGGGUGUCAGACUUUUGAGCCAACAGCACAGUCGGUGUCAUGCUAAAGAUUUUGUUUGUUUUUUUACUUAAAAUAUUAAGCGACUGUGGUAAAGUUGUAAAAAUAAUUACAAAUACUUUGGAACCACAGAGUAUUUAAGAUUGUUACUUCAAAAGGUACUCUGUGCCGUACAUGCAGAUAGAAAAGUGAAGGUGUAUAACAUCAUAAUCAUGUGACCUAAAUUGACCAAUCAGAAUCUAUAAAUA